AUGUCUGUAGAUAUGCUUCAAUCUUUUGGCUCCCAAGCUACCACGCUGGAAGAGUUGAAAAAGGAGCUAGAAAUGAAGAAGAUACAAGUUAAGAAUGAAUUUGAUCUUCAAGAAAAGGAGAUUUAUGAGAUGAAAAAACAUCAGUCCUUACUACAGAAAGAGCUCAACGAAAAUGAUAAAAUUGAAAAAGAAUUAACAGCCGAGAUUGAGAUUGCAAAGGAAAAUAUUGCCGAUAGGAAAAGAAAAGAGAAGGAAUUGUCUAAAAAUUCUACUGAAAUUAAGGAUCAAUAUAAAAAUAGCUGUAAAGAACUUGCGCAAGCACAACAAGAGUUUGAUAAUCUUCAACAAAAGAAGAGGGACAUGCUAGUUAAAAUUGAAAAUCUUCACACUGAAAUUGAUACCCUUAGAAAAAGAAAAGAACAAGCACUUGAAACUCAGAGAGAGAAAAAGAAAGAAUUCAAUCAAAAAACGAAGCAGUUAGUCACAACAGAAAAAGAAUACUUGGAAAAAGAAGCCGAGCUUAAAAAAGAAGUUGAAAAAUGGGAAGCCGAGUUAGCUAAAGUAAAAGACCAAUACAGAAAGGAAGAGGAAGAACUGGAAAAAAAAAUUCAAUCUGUAGAUGUAAAGUUGCAAGAAACAAAACAAAAAUACAAUGAGUCUAGAGAAAGUUUUGAACAAUUAAGAAAAUCUAGAGAUUCUGAAAUAGGUGGACCUUCUUUGGAUGAAAAAUAUAGGGAGCAUGACUCCUUGGUUGAGGAUAUUUACAAACUGGAAGCCAUGUUAGAAGCUCAAAAGUUGGCAGAAGAUUAUUUCCUUAAACAAGCUGAAAAGCUCCUUUCCCAGCAUGAGCAAAAAAUUUUAAAAGAGCACGAGCAAGAUUUAGAAGAAUUUAACAAUAAUUCUGCAAAGAGAAAAUCAGUAUCAGACGAAGAGAAGAAGAAACAACUUCAAAAGAAAAAGCAAAAUCGUUAUGGAACUGCUGAACAUUUCAUGCUGAGAAAAGUUAAAGCUGAAAUUGACAUGACUAACCAAUUUAUUGAAAUGGCUAAAGGUUUCACUCCAUCAUUUAAUAAUAUUAUUGGAUCAGAAUCACUUAAAGAUCAAUGUAUUAGUGAAAAGGUAAUCAACCAAUUCCUUUCAGAACAAAAGAAGCAAAGCCAAGAUGAAAAAUUGUAUGAAUAUGUAGAAAUGAUGAGAAUCUUAAAGCUCAACAAGACAAAGGAGGAAAUUUUAAAGAAAGCCAUUCACAAAGUAUCCUCUCUCAUUGGAGAAGAUGUUUCAGAUAUAAUUGAAAUGAUAGAUAGCAAUCCAUAUGAUGAUUAUCCAUAUGAAGUACAAAGUUUGGAAAGUUCAAAACCAAAAAGGCCUCUUAAUGAUGAAUACUUAGUCAAAUCUAGGUUUGAAAAUUUACUUUCUGAUGUACCAGAACCUCCUAAAGUUAUCAAUGUUAACGAGUUAUUAAAACUCAAAAACGAUCUCAAAGAAAAGGACUUGGAAUACAAAUGGUUAGAAACAAAAAAGAAAAUUAUAUCAUCAUACUCUGAUUCAGUUAUUCCAAAUUUGAAGAAAUUUGAAGAGAUACAAUCAAAUCAUGAAAUCUUACGAGUUGGUUAUCAAACUGUUUUGUCUUCACCAUUCCAUCAUAAUCUUAAAAGAAAACAAGAUAAUAGAAUUCCAUAUCUUGACAAGUUAGACGCUGAAAAGUUGUUCGUUCUAAUUGAAGAAACAGGAGAGAUGGCAAAUCCUCUAAGAAGAUCCAAUAUAUCUCUAAAGUCAGACAGGAAGGUGCUUGUACUAAACAUGAUGAAUGGUGAAGAGAUUGUUUUGAACCUAAAAGAUAUAGUAGAUAUUCUUCCAGGAUUCCAAACAAAAACCUUAAUAGAAUAUGGAGAAAUCAAGAGAGAGCAACUUACCUUCUCUAUUAUUUCCCCUACUGUAAUUUUAAACUUUGAAAUUAUUGAACAUGAAAUUGAAAAGAGAGAUGAAUGGGUAAAGGUAUUAUUGUCUCUUGUUUUUGAAGCACAGAAAAAUUGA